AUGGUCUCGCAGCCCGAUUCCGCGUCCUCUCUUACCCUGCGAGGCCCCUCCUCGGUCGUUUCGCGUCCCUCCCUCUCGCGCACGAAGCGAUACAACAGGUCCCACGUCGGCGGUACCACCUAUAUCCCUCAGAAUGAGUUCCCCGUCUUCAGCAACUCGGGCGAUGUCGAGAUCAUAGUCAAGGCGGGGAGCCACCACAACCGCUACCUGCUGCAUCGUCACACUCUUACCCGAUGUUCGGGUUUCUUUGAGGCCAGCACGAGUCUCGAAUGGUCCAAGCCAGUCUCCGAUGGCGCCUCGGGUGAUCUUGCCCGCAUCAGCGACGGCUCCUCUGCCGACUCGUCGUCGAUUGCGCCAGCUUCGAGCCGGGCGCUGACCACGUCGUCUAACACACGGAAACGAUGGCGGUACGAGUUGGAUCCAGGGACGGGGGAUGGGGAUAUUCCUAUGCUGGUGCAAAAGGACGAGGACCGCUCCAAGGGCUCCGGUAGCCAUUCCGGGUCUUUGUUCGGUCCUGGCGCUGGCAGCGGCAACCAGCCCGUGCCAAAUACGCGAAGCAAGACAUCGAGCCAUGCGCAUUCUUCGUCCACCAACUCAAGCCAUGGCUUUUUCCGCUCCGUAGCCAACUUGAGCCUCGUGUCGAGCUCGGCGGCGACGACAACGACAACGGCCCAGCCAUUCUUGCAGGCCGACCAGGACUUGCUACGGGACUACGACAACCUUUUCCGCAUCUUUUACAACUACCCUCCGAUCUUGGACGGCGUGAACAUUGCCGAUGCUUACGUGCAAUGCAAGUCACUCAUCACCCUGGCGGACCUGUACGAUGCACUGGCCGUGGUCGGCCCCAGAGUAGACCAUCACUUGCUUCAAUUCCAGUCGCGGCUCUGGAAGCAGAUUGCCAAGUACCCAAUCUCCUACCUUCGCCUUGGCUACCUUGCCCGCAGCAGAGUCAUAUUUCAAGAAGCACUCAUACAUGUUGUUGGACAAUGGCCGGCGGGGGAGCGCAGCCUGCGUGCUGCUCUUCCGGACGUGGUUCUGGACAUUAUUGAGGACAAAGCUGACGAGCUCGAGGAGAUUGUCAGUCGAGUCGAGGGCCGUCUCUUCAGGCUGAACUUGAUGACAGCCAGAGGCGAGCGCGUUACCCCCAGUACAUCCUACCUGGACUGGCUCGCAGUCAGUUUGUUUCGCCAGUGGCUGGCAGACAACACCAGCCCUCCGCCUCCCGAUAGGCGGAUUCAAAAUUCACGCGACGGCCGCAAUGGCAACCCACAACAAAUUGCUCUCCCCGCCGUUGUGUCGCCUUUGGCGACGGUCGGUCGCACCUACCGUACUCUUGGCGCUUCCUCGUCGGCUUACCUUGGCCACGACGAGUGCAAACGGUUCCUGAAGCUGACACCCGAGAUGUACAGCCGCGAUAAUCUGCGUCGCUUUGAGAAACGCAUAGAUGAGCUAAAGUCGAUGGCUCGCGAUAUUGUACGGCCGCUGAUGGGAAGCGGUCUCGAGCUGGACAUCAACAGUGGGAGAACGGCCGAUGGAAUCGGCUACCUCACAUGCGUAACAGUGGGGGAUCGCGAUCUUCCCUGGCAUAUGGAGCAUUAA